AUGGAAUAUAGAGAAACCAUUCCCGAGGAUUCAGAUGAAGAAAUCGUCACCGUGACAAUCACCAACGAGUCAACAAUCACGAGAUCAGAUACCUCUCUCCCUCCUUCGUUUGUAAACGAUUUUGAUAACUUGAACAUCGCUGAAGAUCGCAUUAAUCGUUAUUCUAAUGAGAUAUUGUCUUCUUUGACAUCUACCUCACUUAAUGACGCUACCGUAAUUAAUGAAAUUUCAUCCUUACCUCAACCUCCACGUUACACACCUAUUGCGUCUCCUAUUGAUGGAGAAAGGAUUUCUGGAUUAAUUAGAAAGCGGGAAAGGGCAAUGUCCAAAGCACUAGCUAACAUCGAACGUUCAAUGAAUGUUGAUCUUUGUUAUGUUUUAGACUGUACCGGUUCCAUGGCGGGUCAUAUCGCUGCUGCAAAAGAUUGUAUUCUACAAGUGACAGAAUAUAUUAGAAAUAUAAAUCCAUACUUGUAUGGAAGAUUUCAAGCAAAUUUAUCCAGUGUACCAGCUACUGGUGGUGGUGAUGAUCCAGAAGAUGUUCUCGGAGAUGAUUAUCCCGGCGGUGACCCCAAUGGUUUGACAGCUGAAAUUGUAUUAGAAAAGAUGAAAUCGGAAGGAAUUCUUUAUUCUUUCGGAAAAAUUACGGGAUUUACAGAUAAAAUGAUUGAAGUAUUUCGUAGUAUACUUGGUGAAAUCCAAAUUUGUGAUCUUGUAGGGGGGGAUCCAAUAGAAUUAAUUAACAAAUUCGUUAAGGCUACAACAUCAUCUAUCACUAUGUCUAUUUCUUUAACUAGCGCUCUAGGAAGUAGAACCAGAGAUGUAUAUUCUUCCCAAGAAAGAAGGGUUGAUAUAGAUCCUUCUGUCCCUAAUUGGAAUGAUCUUCUAGCACAAAGAGGGGUAACUUUAAGUUAUACCAUCCCCAGAACUCAGAAUGAACUCGAAGAUCGAAGAUAUUUUUGCAAAGAGAGACUCCAUUCUAGAAAUUAUUAUUUCAAAAUCGCACAACAACCAUUCUCUUCUGGUGUUGAAAAGUAUGCUUACUUUUCCAUUGAUACCAAGAGAAAUCCACCCCGGAGAAUGGUAAUGAAGGAAUACUUUAAAAAUGAUUCGCGAAAUCCUUUUGAAAAGUACCUUGAAGCUAUAGAGAUUUCUUCAGUGGCGAGUUUUCUUUCUAUAAGAUUUAAUUCAGCUGCAAGAAGAAAAAAUAUUUGUUCCAUAAAUUUUCUUGACGUUAAACUUGUGCGUGUUGCUAUGAAUGGUAGAACUCGUUAUUAUAUUACAGAACCGGAACUUCAGGGCGCAAAAUUUAAGCGAUUUAAUGUUAAUAGUGGAUUGAUUGUGGAACAUCGUCCCACUCUAGAGGCAUUUGUUCAUUUCUCAUAUUGGUACACCGAUGGGUAUUUAGUAAUUUGUGAUCUCCAAGGAAUUGAAAAUACUGAUCAGUUUCUCUUAACCGAUCCAGCAAUACAUUGUACUGAUCCAUUGAGAUUUGGAAGAACAAAUUUAGGCAAAAGAGGAAUUGAGAAGUGUUUUAUCGAGAAACACAGGUGUAACGAUAUUUGCGAGAAGUUGGGGUUACCGAGAAUUUGA